UUUGUGCACUUCCCUUGAAAAUACAGUUUGCCAAUAGACUGCACACACAGUUCUACCACGUUUCUAAGACAACACUCUUUGCCAAAUAGCUUUAUUUUUGUUAACUUGAAGAAGAAAGGAGAGAUGAAGCUGCAGCUUUUGAUUGUCAGUGUUUUAAAGUAUUUGGUUGUAACCAAUCAAGAAGAAGGAGGAACACAGCUGACGACAACAGAGGGAUAUGACCUCGAAAAUUUUACAUUUCCUGCGUAUGAAGAUGACUCAUCUCCUUGCAGUGUAAAUGUGCCUGGAUUCAAUAGCUUGGGCCUGAUGAUCACCUUCAUCAUCGUGUGUGUCUUCAGCAUGGUAGGCAACAGUGUAGUUGUCUAUGUGGUUUGCUAUAUGAAGAAAGGUAGAGCCAGCACAGAUAUCUACUUGAUGCACCUGGCGAUGGCGGACCUUCUCUUCAGCUUUACCCUGCCGUUCUGGGCCGUCAAUGUUCAUUAUGGUUGGAUCUUCGGCAACUUCCCGUGCAAACUCCUGUCAGGCUUUCAGGAGGCAUCAGUAUACAGUGGUGUCUUCCUGCUGGCCUGCAUCAGUGUGGACCGUUACUGCGCCAUUGUGAGAGCUACACAUGCCCGGUCCCAUCACCUGUUGGUGAAAGUUGUGUGCUGUGUGGUGUGGGUGGCGGCUGGACUACUGUCCUUACCCGUGGCAAUUCAAAAGGAGAGCAUGCACGCUGAAGACCUGGGCCUGGCCAUUUGCUAUGAAAACCUAACUGGUGAAAGCAGCAACCACUGGCGUGUUGGCAUUCGUGUUCUACGUCAUACUAUGGGCUUUUUCCUGCCACUGGUGGUGAUGGCUGUCUGCUACGGCUGGACUUUGGUGAAGCUGUUUCACGCACGUAAUCAACAAAAGCGUAAGGCCAUACGCGUCAUCCUGGCAGUGGUGAUAGCAUUUGUUCUGUGCUGGCUGCCUUAUAACAUAACUGUACUGAUUGACACACUCAUGCAAGGCGGAUCUCUUAAAAUGGAGACAUGUCAAUCUCGCUACAUAUUGGUAGUGAUCCUAAAUGUGACCCAGUUGUUGGCCUUCUCGCACUGUGCAGUGAAUCCAGUGCUGUAUGCCUUCAUUGGGCAGAAGUUCCGUAACCAGCUGCUCUUAGCUCUUUACAAACAUGGCCUCAUCAGCAAGAGGCUCCAGAAUGCUUACAGGAAGGGCUCUGUCAACAGUGCAGGGAGCAUCAGAUCUAGACUCACCUCUGCUACUAUGUAAAUGACUCAUUUGGUGGUCAUUUUCAUUUUAUCAAUACCACUCUGUAUGUCUGUAUGGUAAAUACUUAGGAUAGAGACUGGAAAAAGGGACAACAGCCAUGUUCAAAGGUAACAAAAUUUGUUUUAAAGGAGCUGGUAGGUAGUUUUUGGUACCAUUAGACAGAGCUGGGCUGUUUCCAAUCUGCCAAGUUAGGCUUAUAUUGAACAGACAUAAGAGUGGUAUCGAUUUUCUCAAAGUGAAUAGACUUAUUUCCCAAAAGAUAUUCCUUUAAACCGUCGCAACAAGAAGCAUGAAAGACUGUACUAAUCACGUAAAAAUAUAGUCAUAUUGCACAUUAAAUUAAUCAGGAGAAACUCUGCUACAAUCACAUAUAAGUCAUAUUCACACACACCAAAAACAACUCCAACACCAAGCAAACUAAUUAUCAAAUAUCAAAAUCUGUAUAACGUCAUAAAGUCAACCCACUCGCCACAUUUCCAUUGCAAGUGCUUUCUAUUGUUUUCUUAGAAAAAUGAAUAGAGGCUUGGUUGAUUUUUCUAAAUAAGUCAAAAACUGUUGUAAAUGGAUGUGAUGAACCCCAACAGUGAAAUAUAUAGUUUGGUAUAUAAAAAAUUUCAAAUGGCAUAGAUGGUGCUAAAAUGUAACCAAUGUGUGCCAGAUGUGCCAAAAUAGCUAUUUUGGAGAUUCCGCCUAAAUAGUUUGUACUAAAACCUCUGUAAUUUUGCUCUACCUCACGUUAUAAGACCCAAACUUGGCAGAGAUAAUGUCCACAUAUGUUGCUAUGCUUUGAUUUUUUUAGAUUUAGAGCUGCAACUGCAUCGGUGUGAAUUUUUUAUUAGGCGGAAAUGAAACUUUUCAUUUAUGCUGUGUGCCAUCUUAAUUUACUCUGAGCCAGUGGCAUACAUACUGAUACUUACACAUCUGAACAAAUGUCACAAGUGUUCCCUUCAUUAUGACACCAAAAUUAUUCAAAUAGACCAUGUAGUUGCAGAGAUAUGCUCUAUUUAUUUUGGGUAUGUCAUUUUCGAGCAGCGGCCUAAAAAAUACCAUAACAAAUAAGCCUAUUUGUUUCACAUGGCUAGUACUAAAGUAAAAUAAAGUCAAAAUUUGUUAGGAUUAAAGACACUAGUUCUACUAAUUAUUGAGAGUUUAUUGUUGUUGUUUUUACACAUUUGACACUUUUUUUUACACAUUGUGGACAUGACUGGAGAGCCAUGUUUUUAUUUUGCAAUCUUUAAAUUUGAACGUUGUAAACUUUUUGAAUUGAGGAAGGUUUUUAAUCCUUAUGUCAGACAGUAUUGAAAACAAAAGGUAUUGUUCCUUUAAUCAGACUUCUUCAUCUUCUAAACAGGAAGAAGUGGUGAAAUCAAGUUUCUGUUUAAAAAAAACAAGGUACUGUCUUUCUCUAAUGACAAUCUCUAAUGAUCUAUACAAACUGCUGGUGCAUCAAACGUAACAUUGUUUUUGUAAUAAAUGCUAUGGUGUGUGUGCAUGUGUGCACCUGCGUGAGCAAGGGAUGCUUUUACAUUGUCUGAUCAUAUCAUUUCUUACUGUAUCAUUCUGUUAUUCUCAACUGUUUCUGAAAAGGCCUAUAUUCACAGUUAUUUUAAAUGUUUGUCUGAAAAAUUGUAAUAUGUAUAUUCUAACAUGUAUACGUAGAGUAGUGUGUACUUCAUAAUCACUUUCUGCUCAACAGUAUGGAGAAAAAAUGGCUUAAUAGUGCAAGAAAUCGUACUGGUUGGAAAAGCAGUAGAAAUAUAACUUGUGAAGGGUUUAUGUUAUGAAAGUCCUUGAAAAACGCUUUCACUUAUCUUGUAGUUUUGGGGGAUUUUAUAUUUGCUUUCUGUAUUACACUUUCCAGGUAUCUGCUCUACUUGUGUUCGAAUAAAUCCUUAAACCCA